AUGCCUGCAAAAGUAAGGCACAUCCGGACAGGGUUUUGGUUGUUUGGCUUUGAUCUGCGAGAUCGCACAUGCCCCUAUACAACGUUGCCAAACAAGCUGAACCCCAACUAUAUCCUCUUAUUGUGUGUGGAUCUUCCAACAGUGGGAGUUUCGGAGUUGGGUAUUUUUUUCCUAAUUCAUUACAUUUGGCAAUUGAAGCCCUACCAAGGCUGUGGGAAAAUAGCUGUUAUUGGAGGGUGCCGCGAAUAUACAGGUGCCCCAUAUUUUGCUGCUAUUUCAGCCUUAAAAAUUGGUGCAGAUUUGUCACAUGUAUUCUGUACAAAAGAUGCUGCUCCUGUCAUCAAAAGCUACAGUCCUGAGUUGAUUGUGCAGGUUUUGGAAGAGUCAUAUAGUGUCAGGGAGGAGGACAAGAAAAUCAUAGCAAGCAAAGUUCUUGCUGAAGUUGACAAAUGGUUAGAAAGAUUUGACUGUCUAGUCAUUGGUCCAGGCCUAGGAAGAGAUCCAUUUCUUCUGGACUGUGUGACUGAAAUCAUCAGGCAUGCAAGAAAAUCAAACAUCCCAAUUGUGAUAGAUGGGGAUGGGAUUUUUCUUGUUACAAAUCAUCUUGAACUUGUUAGUGGCUAUGCCUUGGCUGUUCUAACCCCAAAUAUCAAUGAAUAUAAGCGACUUGUACAGAAAGUACCGAGUUCUGAAGUAAAUAACGAUGAUGCUACUCGGCAAGUGCUAUCUCUUGCCAAACAUCAAAUCAGUAAGUGUCUAUGGUUCUCCUAGACGUUGUAGCGGCCAUGGUGAUAUCCUUUAUGGAAGGCAAUGGCUCAUGAAAAGUGCGAGAUUGAAGAAAACAACAUAUUAACAAAUCUACCAGUUGAUGUGUUGGAGCUGAUUACAAAGGGUUUGUUCAUUAACGAUUACCUUGCAUUGAGAGCAGUAUG